AUGCCUCUCACAUUCGAAGAGCUCCCCCUCCAAGUCGAAGGCGUCAACCUGACCCUUUCAACAAUCCACAACCUCAAACCCAACCCAAUUCUCUUCCUGCACGGUUUUGGAUCCAGCAAAGAAGACCUGGCAGAUCUAUCUCUGCAUCCAGGUCUUACCGAGCAUGGCUACAUUGCAUGCGACGCGCCAGGAUGUGGCCACACAGAAAGCGAUAACCUCGCCGCCACCGACAUCCCUUUCUUAAUUGCGACCGCAGAAGCAGUCCUGGACCACUACAAAAUCACAAAAUUCCAUCUCAUGGGCCACUCAAUGGGUGGACUGACAGCUCUCCUCCUUGCAAACCGCCACCCAGACCGCGUCCUCAGCUUCGUGGAUAUCAAGGGUAAUCUCGCGCCGGAGGAUUGCUUCCUCAGUCGGCAGAUCUUCCAAUUCCCCGAUGGGGACGCGGAAGCAUUCAUGAAUUCUUUUAUUGAGCGCACGCGUACUUCUGGUGCUUUUGGUAGUGCUAUGUAUGCCAGUACACUGCGCCAUCGUGUUCGUGCUGGUGCUGUUCGGCCUAUCUUUGAGUCUAUGGUUCAGUUGACGGAUUAUGGUGAUUUGAUAGAUAAAUUUUUGGCUUUGCCUUGUCCGCGUAUGUUUAUGUUUGGUGAGGAGAUGCGUGGAUUGUCUUAUUUGCCGUUGUUGAAGAAGGAGGGUGUUGAGUUGGCGGAUAUUGUUGUUUGUGGGCAUUUCCCUAUGUACUCGAAUCCUGUGGAGAUGUAUCGUCGUAUUGCAGAUUUCUUGGAUCGUGUGUGA